AUGGGAAAUAUAAAUGGCUGCUACGAAAACAGUGAAUAAAUUAAAAAUGAAAUAAGAGAUAUUGUUUAAAAUAUGAAUGAAAUCGAAAAUAAAAUAAACAAAGCAAACAAAAAGUUGCUCUUGAAUAUAAAAAAACUACUUGAUCCUCAUUGCUACGCAAUCGAAGAAAAGACAAUAGUUAUAUUUCAUACUUCAUCUAAAUCUUCAUUUUUCGAUAAGGAUGAACUUGAGUUUUGUCAACAAUAAAUGUUUGAAAAAUAUAGAAAUUAACUCAAAAAAUAUCUUGAAGAGCUCAAAUGUCAAGUAUUGAAAGGACUUUUAUACACAGAAAACUGUACAGCUUAUUAAAAUAACAUAGAUUUCCUAGUCUUGAAAUAGUACAUAAAAUAAUUUUUUUAAAAUGAGUUCUAAUAUGAGAUAGUUGAUAUCAAUUAAGAAAAUAAUUAACAAUAAGAAUACUUAAAUACACUAUAAAACUUUGGGGAUUUGCGCGAAAGCAUAAUCAUAAAUUGA